AUCUCCACUACACUCCCUGCUGACCGAAGAAAACAUUUGAUAUCGUGCGCAAGAAGGGGAUUUAAUUGACGCGAAUAAAACGGUAAUAUUUUCAACAUAUGGUAUCCGGGGAAGACGCCGCACGUCUGUGAAACACAGUUUGCCGGUUUUACGUCGCCAUAACACGACGUUUUGUCCCCGCUAAACGUCGCCACUGUUUUGACUUGUUUUUCCUGCCGGAGCAAGCUUCCUGUUAGCUUGUGCUAACUCCGACAUUAUGCCAAUGAACGUUCUAUUAUAGCCUACCGUCGCCGCGGGUGGAAAUUUACCACUUGCGGGUAGGUUUCUUAGUUCGUGUAAUUGAAAAUCAAAAAGUUAAGGCGGCAAUAGUGUCACAGUUCGCACUCGUUGGUUCUCUUGUUCGUCGCUAACGCCCGGUAGCUUAGCCAUGUUGCUGCUGUGAGGGCUUUAACUCGUCCAGUAAAUCUCGCUGGUACAUGCGCGAAUAAUUUAGCUUGUAUCGAACAGAAGUCAAUUCGUAUUAAACCGAAUGUGUUGACUUUUGUGUGAAAAUUUCAGUGGCCAUAGUCUACUUCAGUGCUCACCCUGUGAAGAAAAAAAAAGACUAGUGUUAACCUCUUUUUGUUUGGUCUUUUUUGGGGGUGGGGGGGAUUAUCACUUUUUGGUUGUAAAAGUGUCAACUGUCUUGUAAAAAGCACAUAUUUCAAAUGCAUUAGAUAGCACUAUCGGGUUAAGAACGUGUUCCGAGCUAACUCGCUUAAAGUGAGACUGGGAAGCUGUCCGACGGACGAGGUUCCUGUUUUGAGUCUCGAGCCGACUUUUCCACCAUCACCACCUCCGCCGCGCUCCGCGUCCGCCGUAGUCAACCAAUGGACCCCCCGAGGACACGCUCUCGGUCCCGGUCCAGCUUCUAUCAUUUCGCCGUGAGCAAUCCCCCAGGAGGUAACAGCGGCGGUAAUGUGCUCGGUAACGGAAGCAUGAUGAGCGCUGGCGUAGGAGGAGGAGGAGGAGGAGGAGGAGGAGGAGGAGGGAUGAGCUUCCCGCAGCAGAGCAACGCCGGCUGGCCGCCGCACCACGGCGGCCGCGGCGGCUUCCCGGAGAGCCAGUCGCAACAACCAGGCACAUACCUGGCCGCAGGGACGCAGCGCCACGGAGCUCACCGCCACCAUGGAAACGGAGGAGUGCUACACUUUCAUCCAGAUAAUGUGUUCAGUGAGGAUCGAGACAAAAUAGAAGACAGCCCAAGCCCAAAAAGGCAGCGUCUUUCCCAGCAGUCCAUUUUAGAUCUAAGCUCCGCCCCCCCUCCAACCCCUUCCUCUCCCAUUCGCCCCUGGGAGCUUCCCCUGGGUCGGAGGGCACAUGCCCAGUAUGCACCUGAGAGAUGUCACACACCUGUCCGAAAUAGAAGAAGCCCUCCAAUGCGACGCCCGCGUGGGCGCAGAGACCGCCUGACGCGUCAUCAUCACACACACAAUCACCACCACCAUUACAACAGCAACAAUCACCAUCACCACCCCAACACUCACCCUCACCACCAUCACCACCACCACCCUCACCACCUGCACUCGCACCACGGGCUGUCACCGGCCCACCAAGACGAGAACUACCGUCACUCAGUCCCCACCCAGGGCUACCCUCCAUAUGGCCAGCAGCCCCCUCGAGGGCUGGGGCCCGGGUUGGAAGAGCGCCAAGUUUACCAUCCCCCGAAUCCCUCCCCAAGGCCCCUUCAUCCGUCGUCAAACCUGUCUCCACGACUGCUGCACCCUGCGGCGCAUCCGCAGCACCCACACCCACACCCAUCGCAACAACAGAGCAGCGGGGUGUUGGACCUCCAGGAACAAGGUUCAGCUCCAGUAUCGUAUACGGUGUCCCCCCAGGGUGCUCCACCUGGUCUGCCGCCUCGUUCAGGCCCGCAGCAAAUCCCAGCAUGCUCGGUAGUCUUCAGUGGACAGCACUAUCCCGUCUGCAGCGUUGCUCCUCCUGUCCUGCAGACUUGUUCUGUGCAGCACCUCCCCAUGCCCUACCCAUUCCCGUCUCUGCUGUCCAGUGACCCAGCCUUUCUCCUCCCUCCACCCCCUCACCUCCCACAUCCUCCCACACACCUUUCCCACCAUCCAGCUCAGCUUCCACAACCUGGGCAGUUUGGACCCUACACCACACAGCAGGCGCGUUCACCUUUACAAAGGAUAGAGAAUGAUGUAGAGCUGUUGGGAGAGCAUCUAUCUUUGGGUGCGGGACUCCACUACCCCCCUGCCACCCACCCAGCCCUCACCCCACACUCCACACAGCUCCACUUCCUCUCCCAUGAGCCUCUACCCCAGGAGUUCUUUGGAGUGUCCUACCCGAACUUCAUCCCCCGCCGCCUUGCGGGCCGAAGGUACCGCUCGCAACAGCCUCUACCGCCUUCGCCUUAUCAUCCCAGUCUCCUGCCUUACUUUCUGUCGAUGCUGCCGGUCCAGCCGACUGGUCCUGCAAUCAGUCUUGAGCUGGAUGUUGAUGAUGGAGAAGUGGAAAAUUACGAGGCCCUCCUCAAUCUUGCUGAACGUCUCGGGGAGGCCAAACUCAGAGGACUUACCAAGGGAGACAUUGAGCAGCUUCCUUCCUAUCGCUUCAACCCAAAUAACCAUCAGUCUGAACAAACACUGUGUGUGGUGUGUAUGAGUGAUUUUGAGUCUCGACAACUGCUGCGAGUUUUGCCCUGCAGCCACGAAUUCCACGGCAAAUGUGUUGACAAGUGGCUGAAGGCCAAUCGGACAUGUCCCAUUUGCAGGGCCGACGCCUCCGAGGUCCAGAGAGACUCAGAGUGAUCACAUGAUGCGCUUCAAUAUAAAUGUCUAUUAGACAUUAUCAGCACUGCCUGCUCUGCCUCUUUCACAUCUUCUACGUACAUGUACAUGAUUGUAUACACACAGUAAAACAGGCACACAGUUUCCCUCUUUAUUUCUAUUUAAUUGUGUGUGUCCCUGCUUUUUUUAAGGGCACAACCUUCCUACUUUCCAUACUUAAUUACUGUGUGUGUUGGUGUGCCCACCAUAAGAAUGAACAUGUAUUUUGGUCAGCUUUACUGUGCAAGCCUUGAAAAGAAAGGGUGUGUGUGUGAUUUUUUACUAGACAUUUGAGCGUGUGUGUCUCAGUGUAAAGACAUGGCAACUUCUCAUGAGUGAAUGGCGCCAAUCCAUUUGUACGUUCCUGCACUGUGUUCUGCACAGUAUAACGAUGUGUAUUACGAGAUUCCAUUUUCUCUAGUUUGACUUCAAGGGUCCAUGGUGCCACUCUAUAAUUGUGUUUCUUUGUGUUAAGUUGACACUUCAUCUUAAAUGAGUAAUUCUUUUAGCCAUGAGUAACUGUCCUGCCUGGCAUUUACCUUAUUCCUGUCUCCACUUAUUACAAGCACUUCACAGCACUAAAGCAAGCACAUUAUGCAUUUUUUUCUUUGUUUGAAUGAUUGUGACUUUGCAGUGGCACAUAUAUAGAUACCUCACUAUAUCAAUAUGUAUACUGUAUAAAUGUAUGAAUAUCUGUAUACCAAAUAAAAGGCUUGAUAUGAA